UAGGCAAAUAUGGUUUCUCUAGAAAGAAUCAUGCCUGCUAAUGAUACGUGUACUGGGCCAGAUGGAGACAAUACUGAUUUUAGGUACUUUAUCUAUGCAGUGACAUACACUGUCAUUCUUGUGCCAGGUCUCAUAGGGAACAUAUUAGCUUUGUGGGUAUUUUAUGGUUAUGUGAAAGAAACCAAACGGGCUGUGAUAUUUAUGAUAAACUUAGCCAUUGCUGACUUACUACAAGUUCUCUCCCUGCCAUUGAGGAUCUUUUACUACUUGAAUCAUGACUGGCCAUUUGGGCCCGGCCUCUGCAUGUUCUGUUUCUACCUGAAGUAUGUCAACAUGUAUGCAAGCAUCUACUUCUUAGUGUGCAUCAGUGUGCGGCGAUUUUGGUUUCUUAUAUACCCCUUUCGUUUCCAUGACUGCAAACAGAAAUAUGACCUGUACAUCAGCAUUGCUGGCUGGCUGAUCAUCUGCCUUGCCUGUCUACUCUUCCCUCUCCUCAGAACCAGUGAUGACACCUCUGGCAAUAGAACCAAAUGCUUCGUGGAUCUUCCUACCAGAAAUGUCAAUCUGGUUCAAUCUGUUGCCAUGAUGACUAUUGGCGAGAUAAUUGGAUUUAUAACACCACUUCUGAUUGUCCUAUAUUGUACCUGGAAGACGGUUUUAUCAUUGCAAGAUAAAUAUCCUGUGACUCAAGAUCUUGGAGAGAAAAAGAAAGCCUUGAAGAUGAUUUUAACUUGUGCAGGAGUGUUUCUAAUUUGCUUUGCACCUUAUCACUUCAGUUUUCCUUUAGAUUUUCUGGUCAAGUCCAAUGAAAUUAAAAGCUGCCUAGCCAGAAAGGUGAUUGUAAUAUUUCAUUCUGUGGCCUUGUGCCUAGCUAGCCUGAAUUCAUGCCUUGACCCAAUUAUAUACUACUUUACCACUAAUGAGUUCAGAAGACGACUUUCAAGACAAGAUUUGCAUGAUAGCAUCCAACAUCAUGCAAAAUCCUUUGCAAGUAAUCAUACCACUUCUACCCUGGCAACUGAAUUAUGCUAAACAAACAAACAAACAAGCAAACCUGAUUGUGGCCUGAAAUGCGAGUACAUCAGAACACAUUUGCAAUACUCCAAGCCAUAGAGGAGAACUCACAAGAAGCACUCUCAGCGGCUUUUCAGUUAUGCUAUAUCUUACCUAUAUGGGGAAUUCACAUUUUCAUAACAGGACUUAUUUGGAGCAUUGUACUUCACCACCACUGACAUUAACAUGCUCAUGUAGUAAUUUGUCAUCAAUUC